AUGAAAUUAUUAUCACCACCCACACUUGUCACCAUGUCAGUGCUCAUCAUUGGAGUAGCACAAGUAGGAUUAUGUAGACUUGAUUGUCCAUUCAAUCAAGAUGAAAGUUCUACUGCUCGGGUUCAAAUCUUAUUGAAAGAUUGUCCACUUGGUAACAAUUGUCAGGGGUUGGUUAGUCAUAUAGGGAAAAGAUGUCCCAACAGUAUAAACGGUUGUAGGGGUAAAAUUGAGUAUAUUGUGGAAAAAGAAGCAUGCAAUGCUGAUAUCUUGUGUAGAAAACAUACCAAAAGAACCAAAAAGUGUGAUAGAGAAGUUAAUUUUGGAAUAGUCAAAUGUAACCAGAGUGGUUGCAAUAUUCAAGCAGCCCAGGGGGAAAGAUCAGAUGAAUGUACAAGACAUGAAAAAAUAGCUUGUCACCAUAGAUACUCAGAAUGA